AGGUUUGAAAAGGAACUGCUGCAUCAGCGUUCCUCCUGUGUCCAGGGGGGUCAAGAGCUACAGCAGGAGUUCUUGAUGGAAAGGCGAAAGCUCCUGGAAAAGGUGGCGCAAGGCGAAUCGGCACAAGAACAGGCCUUUCAGGCGGAACGCUUACGCGCCAUCCGUGCUGAAGAAAGGUGUCAGGUCCAAGAAACCCUUCACCAAGCAGAACUUGCCCGUCUGACCGCCCGAUACGAAAAGGCUCUCUUGAGAUGUUCCAGUGAACAGGCCAGAUUGCUCUCGCGUUACGAGAAGGAGAAAGAGGAAUGGGCAGCUGAUUGGAAAGAGGUGAAUGACAUUAUGCAGCCAUUGAUUCAGACCCAUGAGGCGGCAGAGGUUCAAAGGGUGACCCGCCAAGCAGCCGCGCAAGAAGGUUUGAACCUCUUGAAACAGUUUGCCCAGCUGAAGGAGCUUGAGACCCAAGAGCUGAAGCGCGGGAGGCAAGCCUCUGAAGUCAUGGCCGUGAGAUUGGACGCAGAACGAACUGAAUCUCGUGCUGAAUCUGGAGCCGAAUCAGCGGAAGAUCAUCAGGAGCAGACUUGCGAGGGAGCUGAACUUCGAGGUCCAGGUGGACCAAGUGCGCAAUAAGUUGGGCCAAAGAUGCCCUUGUACAUAGGGAAGGGAUCUGUUGGAUGCGGUUGCCUAGGUCGACCGUUUCUGG